AUGCUAAAAAUGACAAACGCAGUCUGUGAGUCGUACAAUAAAACGUGGGUUGUUUUCGAUCUCUGCCGUUUGAAAGUAUUUGGACGCAACCAAAUUAAUUUGAAUAUUGUAUUCAACAUACUACAUCCGAUCGAUAAUAUUUUGGUAAGAUUGCAGGUGGUUAAAAAAGCAAAUGGGUAUAAGCCCUGGCUCAUGGACUAUACCUUCAAUGGUUGUGAAUAUAUGCGUAGGAGAAGUCAACCAUUUGCUAAAUUAAUUUCUGAGAUGAUCAAGGACUUUACAACGGUUAAUCAUACGUGUCCUUAUCUGGUAUAA